AUAAUCUCUCGAAUGCUGUGCCAGACAUUUUCUUCUUCCUCCUCCCUCGGCCUUUAGGGCAAUCAAAUCUCACCACCGCGAAGGGAUCUGCGCAAAUUCUCUCCGCUCUCCCUCCCUCCCUUUCUCUCUCGAUCGCGUCGCUAAUUCCAGCUCGUGAGUCGUGAUUGCGCAAUUCCCCCUCCCCUCCACUCGCCAGCGGUGUGGGUUUUAGUGUCUAGAUUGCUGGCGUCGGUAGAGCUCACUCACUCACCGGCUCUCGCGUGGAAUCAACGACAGUGUCGAGAGAAGAUCGUGUAUAUGUUCUUCGUCAUCACAAUCUAGCAGCCUUGAAAGUUUUCACCGAUUCUCUCUGCAGUCCCCAGGCUUGCUCGCUCGCUCGAUCGCUAAUCGCGGUAUCAAGUUCACACGCACUACACUGGCCACGCGCGCGAGCGAAUUCCCUCGUAUAUCUCUACAGAUAGAAAACACAAACACUCUCCACAAUAAAAUUCCGAUUUUGCAGCCAUGGUUAGGCAUACGCUGCUGGCUCCAGUAACUACCUAGAGCUCGUACUACACACCAAAGAAAUAUGGAGGAGGAGAGGGUGAGAUCAAAUAACUAGAGGACCAAAGCCCGAGCUCCACCUCUCUCUCUCGCUCUCUCUCUCUCUCUCUCUCUCUCGCUUUCUCUCUCGCGAGAUCUUGCACAGUCGGCCUUUUAGGAUCAAUCCCCACUUAUCUCUCCAGGCAAUUUGACGGUUUCUCUUCACUCUCUCAAAUCCAAGCUCAAGUUGAACUUUAGCUCAUUUUCUUCUUUUCUUCUCCAUUUUUUCGGCGAUUUAUUCUUGCUGGACGCUGCUGCUCGGCUUUCAAUCUUCCAUCUUGCCUCUGGCCAGAAAGCUAAAACGAGAAAAAGGAAGGAAGAAAAGAAGGAGAGAGGAUAUGGCAGUGGCAGACUUACAGGGUCGUUAAGUGUAGUUCUUUGGAGCCCAGGUGUGUGGAAGAACACAAGGCCAGGACAGGGAGAAAUUCAAGGAGAGCGGUCAGUAGCGGGGAAAUCGUGCGCGUAGCUCUCCUUUAAAGUAGAGUUCCCGAGGCUAUGGCUUUCAACUUGCCCCAUAAUAUGUCACUGCAGCAAUUGACAGAGCUCCAGGAGGCAGUGGUCGCGUCCACCGCCGCCACCACCACCAGCGCCACCACUUCCAGAUUUAAUGCUUCCACCGCCGCUGCGAGCGACACCAGGCAUGCUGGUACCACCACCUCCUCCACCGCGAUCACUAUAGCCACUGCCGGGAGCACCAAAGAUCAAGCCGCCACCGAUGCCACAGCCUCGCGGGCUCGAUCUCGCCAGCAAGACGACGAUGGCGAUGGCGGGGUGGAGGACGAGGACGACGAGGAGGAGCAAGCUGUGGAGGCCGGCGGUGGGAGGAGGAGAGAAGAAGAUGGAGGCGGCCGGGAUCAACGGGAACAAGCUCUAGACGAAGGAGGAGAUCAGGAUGAUCAAGGCGGGGAUAGCAGGAAUCCCUCGCUGCUACUGCUGCGCGGUAAGAAUCACAAGGCUGGAGGUGGAGGUGGACUAGCUCCCAGUGGCCCGACAUGGCUGAGCAACGCAGUGAUGCCCCGGCAGCCAUCGCCAUCGCCAGUAGCGGCCGCGGGAGCUCCGAAUUACAGUCAGUGGCUGGCAAUGCCUCAGCCGCAAGUGACUUCCACGGACCUUGGAGAGCAAUCGCACGACGCCGCCGCGGCCGCCGCGGCCGCUGCCAAGGGGUUUCUGGAGCAUUUGCAUGGGGACACCGCUAACAGUGGCGGCGGGGUUGGCGGCGACAUGGUGGCGGAGGAGCAAGGUGGCGGCGGCGGGGGGAUGGAUUCCAAGCUCUGGCAGAGCGCGCGGCUCAAGGCGGACUUGGUCACGCAUCCGCUCUACGAGCAGCUGCUGUCGGCACACAUCUCGUGCCUGCGCACCGCCACGCCGGUGGAUCAGCUGCCCAAGAUCGACGCGCAGCUCGCGCAUUCCAGCCAGGUUGCUGCAAAGUAUUCCAUCCUCGCGACCAACGAGCAAGGCCUCAGCAAAGACAAGGACGAAGUGAACGAAUUCAUGGCACACUAUGUGACUUUGCUACGCUCGUUCAAGGAUCAGCUCCAACAACACGUCCGUGUGCACGCCAUGGAAGCCGUCGUGGCAUGCUGGGAGCUAGAACAGUCCUUGUUCACGCUAACAGGCGUUUCUCCCGGCGAGGGAACUGGCGCGACAAUGUCCGAGGACGAGGACGAUCAGCAAGCCGACAGUGAUUCCGGCUACUACGACGCGGGGAUGGACGGCCACGAUUUCACAGGCUUUGGGCCCCUCAUCCCCACCGAGACAGAGCGGACUCUCAUGGAGCGCGUCAGACACGAGCUCAAGAUCGAGUUAAAACAGGGAUACAAGGCUAAGAUCAACGACGUACGCGAGGAGAUUCUUCGAAAGCGCAGGGCCGGAAAGCUUCCAGGCGAUACAACGUCCGUGCUCAAGACGUGGUGGCAUGCACACUCCAAAUGGCCGUAUCCAUCCGAAGAUGACAAGGCACGUCUUGUCCAGGAGACCGGAUUGGAGCUCAAGCAGAUCAACAAUUGGUUUAUAAACCAGAGGAAGCGAAACUGGCACAGCAAUCCAUCCUCGUCCACGUCUCUAAAAAACAAGCGCAAGAGGUGAUCCACCGUACACGGAAAGAAACAAAGAGCGAAAAAAAAGGGAAAAUUACACAAAGAAAGAGAAAGCGAGCGAGCGAGCUUUAUAAAAGUUAAGCCAGCACUCACACAAACAAGGCGUGCCAAAGGAUUUGCAUCAUAGCAUUGCCAAAACUAAACUUUUGCUCCACAUGAUUACAGGUUUUGCUGAUUUGACGAGCCAUAGAUUCAAUCGAGCGAUCCCUCCCCCUUGGCCUC